CCGAGCCGCCAAGGUGGCCGACGAAAAUCCGAAGGUGUUCACGCUUGGCUGGUGGGUGCGGAUAUUGGAUGCCUGGCUGCUGCUGUCCACUUGAUCCAAGAUGCGAAAGUGCCAGGUUCUCAGAUACAUAUCUUGAAGAAUUCGGCAUCGCAGUCUCACAUCUUAGAGUCCUUUCCUGUCAACAAAGGGUUUGGCUUGGACAAAGAAUCUUAUCCUGAAGAAGGGCAACUUUCUCCAAUACGUAUACUUAACCGGGACUACGUUUGUACCAACGAACUCCUAUCCCGAAUCCCGUCGCUGAGCGCUCCCAUGAGGUCUGUCCAGGAGGAACUCAUCGAAACGGAGAAUGAUCGUAAUCUUUGUGAAGAUUUUCAAACCAAAGUGAUAACCAAUGACGGCCAGAAUAUGCAAGUCCUGGACGCACAGCGACUAGAGCUCUGUCUGGGUGACCGCGGUCGGAUCAAGAAGAUGAUGUUUGAGAGCAAGAAGAAUCUAAUGAAGACAAGAAUCAUGGAUAUUUUCGAUCAAGAAUUCUUCCACAGUAAAUUUUGGAGUAUAUGGGCAACUAAGUACGUAUUCAUGGUUUUACUCUUCGCUCAAUAUGGCAUGAAACUAACCCUCGAGUGGGAUUUCACCAACCUCCAUACCUUGGGCCCAAUAGACUCCACGCCAUAUGAGCUAUUCAACGGCAUAAUCAUUCCUAUUACAUCCUAUCUGCAAGCUCAUGGUGUGGAAAUCGAGCACAAUGUCAACGUUCUGGAUGUGAUGAUGAAUUCCGAGACAUACCCAGCACUGGCCUCCGGGCUUAAGAUUUCGCAGAGUGGCACGGAAGAAAUCAUCAAUUUCUGUCCCCAGGAUAUCCUGAUAAUCACAGUCGGAUCAAUCUUUGCGGGAUCGACUAUAGGCACGAAUAAGUCUCCUCCUGCGCCUAUUCCUAAUGUCGAGGAGUUAAAGCUCGACGACUCGUGGAACCUCUGGUUUCAGCUCUCGCAGAAGCACCCAGAAUUCGGAAACCCGUCGCCCUUUUGCGCCCGCAUUGCCGAGUCAGCUAUUGAAUGCUUCCUUGUCGCUCUGGAUGACUGGGCAUGCUUUGAACGCUUUAAAAGUCUGGUGCACGCUCCCCCUCACACGGGCACGCUUGUAUCUUUAAAGGACAGCAAUUGGCGGCUAAGUAUUAACCUGCCACGGCAGCCAUCUCUCACCAGUCAACCAGAAAGUGCCCCGCUAAUAUGGGGAUAUGCGCUAUCCCCAUCGGAGGAGGGCAACUUCAUCCGCAAACCGAUGAGUAGUUGCAGCGGAGACGAGGUUCUGACAGAAGUGCUCCAACAGAUGCAGCUCCCUCCAGGUCUGACACUUGAGCACUCAACUGUAGUGACUAGCUUGAUGCCGCUCGCGACGGCGCAGUACCUAACGCGAGACGAAGGUGACCGCCCAAAAGCAAUCCUCAACACUGUGAGGAACAUGGCCCUCAUCGGCCAGUUUGUGGAACUCCCCAACGAUACCGUCUUCUCCAUGGAGUACAGCGUCCGCAGCGCACAGACGGCUGUGUAUCAUCUAAUGAGUCUGGAUAAGCAACCGAAAGCGCAUAAAGGGUACUGGGACAGCUUCUGGGCAGAUUUAUUAUGA